AUGGCUGCAGGCGGAGGUCCCUCCAAGAAGGAGAGUGAUAGCCCCACGAGCUACCUGAAGUACGGUGUUGGCAUCGCCGGCGGCGACGUCAUGCGCAUGCACACCGAGGGCAUGCCAUUCGCCAUGGAGACAAAGCUCUCCGUCUGGUAUGAGAAGUAUGCCGACUACUGGAAGAGCCGAGGGAAAGCUCGGAAGGAUGCGGAUCUUCUGAGAAGCCUGAUGAUCGCCCAGCAGUGCAACGGCACUCGUCUUCCUUGUCGUGGAGAAGGCGAUAAGCCUUGUGAGCUUGCGGGCGGUGACUGUGUUAAUGUCUUUCACGGUUGCGAUGGCGGCUUCAAGCAGUGCAAGGUCGUUGAGGUGAACAAGCGCGUGUCCACCUGCAAGGAAGGCAACCCCUGCUAUGCAGCGUGCGUGGGCCGCCUCCUGGAUGGAGACAGGUGUGAGGACCACGCGCCUCUAGACUGUCAAGGCGGCUAUGUGAUUCAGUGGACUGGGCGGACGAAGGAGAAGCCAGGGCAAGCGAUAGGCAAGCGAUGCAUGAUCAACCCGGCCGAUCCCAGGAAAUGCACCGAGAAGAAG